AUGGCACCUGGCUCGGUAUCAGACCGUUUCGGAUCACAUACCGGGUUUCCAUUGCUCGACGCGCACAUCUGCUCGCUGAUGUACGCCUUCGAGCAGGUCUUCUCCGUACCGGCUGGUAGAGCUACCGCGCUUCUGUUCAUUUCCGUCUUGGCGCCCUUGCUGCUCAACGUGCUCUACAGUGCACGCACUCGCUUCGAGACCUUCAAGGCAUUCGCAUUUGCAACAACGACGCAGCUCAUCACAGUGGCGAUGACCACGGCUCUUUUUUAUCCGCCUACGCCUCCCGUUAUCGUUCAACAACGACCUAAAUUCAGCCCGAAGCACAGCUCGUACAAGAAUUCGAGCGAACACAGUCACGUCUCGGUCAACAGCAACUACGUUCGGCUGGUAACCUUGCUUGUCGCCACAGCAAUGUGUGCCUGUCUAGGUAUCUUUUUCGGCAAUACCGCCAACGAUCAUGCUUACUACUUUACGCACCAUCUUUUCGAGCUUUACCCGCUUUUUCUCCUCCCUGCUCUGCUGAUCGCACCUGCGGAGCGCAUUGAGGAGAGCGCAUCAGAUCAUGACGCAGGCGUCCGUUUGAUCAUCUCCAACUUUCUUGCGGUCAAAUGGUUGCUGAUGGCAGCUUGGUGGGCAGGCGUAUUCGGGUUUUUCAUAAGACCGAUGUACCCGUCUGAUGGUGCUAGUGGCAGUCGCGCAGAUUACUUGUCUCCCGUCUUGCUUGCUAUCCGCAACGGUGACUGGUCAUGGACGCUGCCUUCGGCAAGCACGAUUGGGCUGGGACCUCGUUUCCUGCUGGGCAACCUGGCUGCUACGAUCAUUGGACUUUGGGCAGCGCAAAUUGAGCAAGGGCACCCUCCGAAUAUGCUCGAGGCCGUCUUGGCAGGACCCGGAGCUGCUUUGGCGACGUCGUUUGCUCGCACUUGGCAAGAGGCGCUCAACCUCAAGACAAGGCCCGCUGCACUUGGACUCAUGAAAGGGUUUAUUGCCUUCAAGCCGCAGGAGGGACGGGAGGAACGAGGUGCCUCGCAGGCUUCGAGAAGCCUCGCCUUGGGGCAGCGCGCUGCUUCAGGCUCGUCCACGCCCGCGACGAGCCUCAGCAGCCUCCCUUUGGAACAGCGCGCUGCUAGGGUGCGACCACACUCACAACGAGCCUGA